GUCAGUACACAGACAGUCUCGAGACCAGCAUGUCGGAAUACCCCUGCUUUCUGUUCUUCAUCUUGAUUGCAUUUUCUCCAGUCUCCUACUCGCAAACAGUGAGUGAAGAUGGCGGAGAAUCUCGCAUGUCGGAGAUGAUGUGGAUACAGCAGUACAAUCGGCACAACGGCUCAAAUAAACCGGAGCUCAAACUAGACACAGCCUGGCUCACCGUCAACAGCUCCCUGAACUUUGAUCUGGAGCUGUACGCUCAAAACGACGAGUGUUGGAAGUGUCCGCUACAGUGGGUGGCGACGUUCAAACAGCGUAACGUCACGACGAUCCUCGUGAACACGACGCAUGCGACGUCACUGGCCCUCAAGCGAAAUUUGUCAAACGACCAUGUGGAAGACAUAUGUCCAUUCCACAAAUAUUUCGUCGACGACGCGGAUUACUGGAUUUUCAUGAACUGGACCACGUACAGAAACUCCAUCUGUCACGUGAUCCUGGCCAACCAACCCCAGAGCGAUCUGAUACCCCUGCUUGUCACACUGGGAGUGCUAUUGUUCCUCAGAGGCGUUUGGGGUGUUUUGAAGUACUUAUUCAGAAAUCGCAAUGUACAGAAAAUGUUGUGCUGUUUUAAGUCGGCGGAGAUUGCUGACCCUCAGCCACUGGAAAACACGAGUACAUUUACAUUGCAACCGUAUGACGGUUCCGUCAAGGAUCAUAAUUCCAUGGAGAACGGAUCUAUGGACAAUGGAGGUGUGAAAGAAAACGGAACAACGGAAAAAACUGCCGAGCCAGAGAACAAACCCAAACAACGGCUGCGAUCGCUGGACUGUUUCCGGGGGUUUUCUCUAGCGUUCAUGAUUUUUAUCAACUAUGGCGGCGGAGGUUAUUGGUACUUUAAACAUCCCGCCUGGCACGGCAUUACUGGAGCUGACCUCGUGUUUCCAUGGUUUGUGUUCAUCAUGGGUACAGCCAUGGCUCUGUCCUUCAGGAGUAUGUUGAAGAAGCAAAUCCCACGAUACAAACUUCUCAUCAAGGUCAUUCGUCGCAGCGUCAUCAUAUUUGCCCUUGGUAUUAUGUACAACACAAGCUUCUACAGAAUUGACCUGACAAAGUUGCGGUACCCCGGAGUUCUUCAGAGGCUCGCCUUGACCUACCUCAUUCUCGGCAUCGUGGAAGUCUUCUGCGCUAGAGGCGAGGAUUCACAUCAGGACAGGCGCUGGGCUCCAGUACGGGACUUGAUUCUCUUUUGGCCGGAGUGGGUCGUAAAUUUAGCUAUUCUGGGGCUCUACUGUGGACUGACCUAUGGACUUCCGGUCCCUGACUGCCCCACAGGCUACACAGGUCCAGGGGGAAUAAGCGAGGACGGAAAGUACUACAACUGCACAGGCGGUGCUGCUGCAUAUAUUGAUAGACAUAUCCUGGGUCUGGACCACAUAUAUCCUUGGGCUGACGUCAAGGCUUUGUACCAGACCCAGUUCUCAUUCGAACCGGAAGGAAUUCUGGGAACUUUCUCCACGGUGUUCACGUGUUUUCUCGGGCUUCAGGCUGGCCGGGUGCUGAUGUACCCAGGUCACUGUUCACGGAUCAAGCGAUGGAUCGUCUGGGCGGUUAUAACGGGAGCUUUGGCUGCUCUGCUGACUCAGUGUACACAGCACGAGGGUUGGGUGCCUCUUAACAAGAACUUAUGGUCUGUAUCGUUUGCGCUGGCGACCUCCUCGCUGGCCUUCGCCUUCCUGACCCUGCUGUACGUGUGUGUGGACGUGUUCGGAUGGUGGGACGGCACCCCCUUCAUUUACCCGGGUAUGAACUCUAUCGUGAUCUACAUGUGUCACGGUCUCCUCGGAGGGUGUUUUCCGGUCACGUGGAAAACGGAGAUGAUCCACUGGAAGCUGCUGAUCCGGGAUCUCUGGGGAUCUGGGCUCUGGAUCUUCGUCGCUUAUGUCCUCUUCAAGAAGAAGAUCUUUGUUGCCAUAUAAAGGCCCCCUGUGUGUUAAGGGACUUCGGGAACUCUUUUUCUACAAGUCAACAAAUGGAGAGAAAUAGCAGGAUACGAUUUGUGUUUCACCAAACCCUGCUUCUGAACGUAAUGUUUUUCCCAAAAUGAUAGGAGUGACACGUGAACAAGGGUCUGUCUGCCGAUAUGCAAAUUUCGCUCAAAAGUGUGAUUUCGCCUUUUAUUGAAUUCCGUGUCCUAUAGCCGAUUGGGUUAAUAGAUAUCUACAAAAUACCAUGAACAUUAACCACGGUUAGGACACUAGCUACUAAAAAAAGUAAAGCUUUGUAUCCCCGAGGGUCAGGCAAAAGGGAUUCUGUGGAACACCUUGGGUGUGUUUUUUGUCCCAUCACUUCGAAAGGUUACACCUAGUGUAGACCUGGGCGCUCUGAUUACAUGUAUUUUAACACAAUGAAGUCCUUGGUUUGAAACGUGAUGAUGCAUUUCAGGCAAGUCGGUUGUCCAUGGUCGUAUAUGCAAGCCGGUUGUUCACAGUCGUACAGAAGCGGGCUUUUCACAAUCUUAAGCAAGUCGGUUGUCCAUGGUCAUAUAUGCAAGCCGGUUGUUCACAGUCGUAUAUGCAAGCCGGUUGUUGACAUUCGUACAGAAGCGGCCUUUUCACAGUCUUAUGCAAGUCGGUUGUCCAUGGUCGUAUAUGCAAGCCGGUUGUUCACAGUCGUAUAUGCAAGCCGGUUGUUGACAGUCGUAUAGAAGCGGGCUUUUCACAAUCUUAAGCAAGUCAGUUGUCCAUGGUCGUAUAUGCAAGCCGGUUGUUCACAGUCGUAUAUGCAAGUCGGUUGUUGACAGUCGUAUAGAAGCGGGCUAUUCACAAUCUUAUGCUAGUCGGUUGUCCAUGGUCGUAUAUGCAAGCCGGUUGUUCACAGUCGUAUAUGCAAGUCGGUUGUUCACAGUCGUACAGAAGCCGUCUUUCCACAGUCUUAUGCAAGUUGGUUGUCCAUGGUUUUAUAUGCAAGUCGGUUGUUGACGAUAGUGUACGAUGUAUAUAGAAGCUGGUUGUUCACAAUCGUAUGCAAACCGGUUGUUCACAAUCGUAUGCAAACUCGUUGUUCACAAUCGUGUGUAAGUCGGUUGUUCACAUAUUCCCUUUAUUAUUAUCAUGCAACUGCAGAAUGAAAAGAUUUGCUGAACAUGGAUAUAUGUUGUUCAAAUACAGAAUGAGAUUGAAACAUAUAGUGACUCAGCAUAGUGCCUACACAUUGGUGUCAUAACUCGUAAGCGUUUUGUUUUAUAUCAGGGAGCAAGAAAACCACUGAAAGUUGGAUGUGUGAAAGUCAUGAUUCAAAAGCCUAACCAGACUUCCAGAAAUAGCGAAUCAUAACGUUACCUGCAGGAAGGGGGGUAAGAAAGAUAUAUUGUGGCAGCUCUUCAGAAGAAUGUUGAUACGAUAAUUGUUGCUCUUUGGUCCUUUUUUCUUUCUUCCUUUUAUACCCACGUGUUAAAAACACCUCAAUAUUAGUGCUGAUAACAAGCUA